AUGAGAUCCCUCUAUUUCUCGCUUUGCACCUUCGUGCUCAGCCUGAUAAGUUCUGCACCAUUCUCUGCCGCCGAAAAUGGAAUCCUCUUCAAUGUCACCGACGCGCUCACCGGCGAGAAUUCACCACGGAAACUGGGUGAUCGAGCCGUCAACGGUAUCUACAUCUGCCAAUAUCCGCACUGGGGAGGCACUUGUUUCUGGACACCCAUUAGCUCCUCCUCCUACAAUCAAUGUGGCAUCGUCACAUCACACGGCGGUUGGGCGUCAAUUGGACCCGACAAGGAUGUUAAGGUCGAUCUUUACCGGGAUACCGCGUGCCAACAACCGUUCUGGAAAGGCCUGGUCAAUCCAGGCUCCGACAACGUCCCUGCACAGGUUGCGGCUCGAGGCCUUCCCCCCGUGACAGGGGAUGUGUUUGGCGCAGUUUUUAGAGCGCUAUGA